CUCUCUCUUAGUGGAGCAGACUUCUGUUGGGCAGCUGUUGGGUGAGUUGGAGGAGCGUCAGCCUGAAGAGCAGAGGCAGUGAAUCAGUUCAUCAGUCCGAGCGGAGCAGCAGUUACUCCGCGGAGAGGAUCGCUCAGCUGCUCGGCGAAAGCCUUUUACGCACGAGGGCAGCUGCGUAAAACUCAAAUGUUGUCGUGUGAAGAGUGAUCAGUAUUGUUUCCCCUUAACUUCCCUUUGGAAUAUUCUCAUUUGUUAUUGGAAAUCCGCGUUAAUAAACCAUCUGGAAGACAGGAUGAAGGGAUUUUUACCUUUUUUCAACCUGACUCUGGUUGCGCUACUUCUGUGCACCGUCACAGCGACCAAGUUAAACGUACCCCGACUGAGACUGUCACACAAAGACCUGCUGUCCACCAACAGGUCGUCCAUCUUCAGCGGUCACAACGGCCAGCUCUCACUCACCGCCGUCUUCUUGGAUGAGUACCGUGACCGCCUCUUCUUAGGAGGGAAAGACGUCCUCUACUCUCUCCUGCUGGGACCCACCAGCAGCGAGUCAAAAGAGAUCUUCUGGCCCCCGUUACCCGGCAACAGAGAGGAUUGCAUUCAAACUGGGAAGGAUCCACAGACCGAGUGUGCCAACUUUGUUCGACUCCUGCAGCCCUACAACCGCACCCACCUCUUGGCCUGUGGCACCGGUGCAUUCCAGCCCAUGUGUGCCUUCAUCUAUGUGGGACACAGAGGAGAGCACGUGUUCACGAUGGAUCCUACCAAUGUGGAGAAUGGGCGAGGGAAGGUACCACAUGACCCCAGUCUCCCCUUCGCAAGCACCUUUAGUGGUGGGGAGCUGUAUGCAGGACUGACAGCAGACUUCCUGGGCAGAGACUCAGUGAUCUUCAGGAGUAUGGGAGGUCGCUCCACCAUGAGGACAGAGACAGACCAGAAACUCCUCCAUGAUCCUAAGUUCAUUGCUGCCCACCUCAUCCCCGACAACGACGACAGAGACAACGAUAAAGUUUAUUUCUUCUUCACUGAGAAGGCCACAGAGGCAGGGGACAGGGAGGGAGCCAUUCACACACGUAUUGGUCGAGUGUGCGCGAAUGAUGUUGGAGGCCAGAGAGUGUUGGUGAAUAAAUGGAGCACCUUCAUCAAGGCCAGGCUGGUGUGCUCUGUACCUGGACCACACGGCAUCGACACACACUUCAACCAGCUGGAGGAUGUUUUCCUGCUGAGGACGAAGGAUGAGAGGAACCCUGAUGUGUACGCCAUCUUCAGCACAAUCAGUAAUGUGUUCCAGGGUUUUGCUGUGUGCAUUUAUCGUAUGGCUGACAUCAGAGAAGCCUUCAAUGGACCCUUUGCCCAUAAGGAGGGCUCAGACUACCAGUGGGGGGCCUAUGAAGGCAGGGUCCCUUAUCCAAGACCAGGAGUGUGCCCGAGUAAAAUCACCAACCAGCCAGGCAGAGAGUUUGGAAGCACGAAGGACUUCCCAGAUUCGGUGCUGCAGUUUGCACGCAACCACCCGUUGAUGUGGCGGCCGGUUUACCCAGCUCUGCGUCAGCCUGUGCUCGUAAAGGCAAACAUUCCUUACAAGCUGAAACAAAUCGUGGUGGACCGAGUUGAGGCAGAGGACGGGCAGUAUGAUGUGAUGUUCAUUGGCACAGACACUGGUACAGUAUUGAAGGUCAUUGCUCUGCACAGUGGAAACAGUCUGGAGACGGAGGAAGUCACUCUGGAGGAGCUGCAAGUCUUUAAAGUGCCAACUCCGAUUACCUCAAUGGACAUUUCAGUGAAAAGGCAAGCCCUGUAUGUUGGCUCUCCAGCAGGGGUGGCACAGGUGAAGCUGCAUCGCUGUGAGACUUAUGGGAAAGCCUGCGCUGAGUGCUGCCUGGCCAGAGACCCUUACUGUGCCUGGGAUGGAUCGUUGUGUGCACGAUAUGUACCCAACAGCAAACGCCGCUACCGCAGACAGGAUAUCAGGCAUGGAAAUCCUGUGCUGCAGUGUAUGGAUCAGAAUCUCAGCGAAGAGCUCGACAUGACAGAAGACAGAGUGGUGUACGGGACUGAGAACAACAGCACCUUCCUGGAGUGUGUUCCUCGCUCUCCACAAGCUUCUGUUACCUGGCUCAUCCAGCGUGACAACCACAAGGAAGAGGUGAAGCUGGAUGAUCGUGUGAUGUCUACUGAGCAGGGCCUCCUCUUUCGUCGUCUCUUCCGCCAAGACGAAGGUGUGUACAUCUGUCGCUCUAGGGAGCAUGGUUUCACCCAGACUCUGGCCCGCCUCUCCCUGGAAGUCCUCCAUGGGGAGACCGUGGACGAGCUCAUGGCACGUGACAACUUAGCUGGCCUGUCUGACUCAUUCAAAGACCGUUCUGCAGGGACCUACAGGGCCUGGAUACCAUGCGCUACAUACACCAGAGGCUCAUCGAACCAAAUGGGCCAGUCACGUACGUGGUUCAAGGAUAUCAUGCAGCUGAUUGGGCCGUCUAACCUGCCACAUGUUGAAGAAUACUGCGAGAGGAUGUGGUGCAACGACAAGCUGAGGAGGAAGCACAAGAGCAUGCUGGAGAAGUACCGCCAAGCACAGGAGAGCGCUAGGAAGGCUCGUAGUAAGAGCUCCGGGGAACGGAACAGGACGCCGAGGGAUCUCAGCGCAUGGGAGGAGUAAUGGAGGGAAUGAAAGGAAAAAUUAAGACAAAUAGAAAGGGAAAAAGUUGACAUUACAGGAUGAGAUGAUUUGGGCAGUAGAAAGGGUCAAGACCAGCAACAAAUCCCAGUGGUCAGAACUUUCUGAUCUACAAUCGAGAGCAUGAGGUCAGAUUGUUGUGUCUACUCCUGCCCUAACAGAAAGGAUUUUACAAAAUUCAUGUGUACAUAGGUGAGACCCUAAGGGUUGGCUCUGGACUUAUGGCCCUAAAAGACAGAAGAGUUCAGUCGUCUAUUACGCUCCACGAACAUAGAAGGACACUGCUUGGUCUUUGCUGACAUUAUCAUGCAGGUAGAAAGGAGGCAAGAGACAAUCUUACAAAUCCACCCUGAGGAUGCUUGUUUGAUAACCUCAGACACCAAGGACUCCUCACUUCUCAUACCUACAUUCUUGCAAACAUAGAAAAAGCUAUCAGAAAGACAGAUGCUGUUUUUGUUUCAACACGUCAUGUAAAACAUUUAAAACAUUCCAAACCUUGAUUUAUAUAUAUAUAUAUAUAUAUAUAUAUAUAUAUAUAUAUAUAUAGGCAUGCUUGUGGGCUGGUUUAACCAACAGCCUCAUAAGGUGUUUUUGGACCAUAUAAUUAACUAGUCAUGCACAUCCCUAUUUUGAUACUUCACUAUUUUGGAUACUGCCCUUUGAGAUAAAUAAAGUUGUGUAAACCUAAACCUAAACCCUAUACUAUUAGACUAGGUACACUCCCAGCACAAGAGUAAGUAGCUUAAAGUUUUGGUGACAGGUUAAAAAAGAAGUCUAAAUUUGCAUGUUCAACUCCAUUAAGAUCAUUAAACACGUCUUGAAACCCGAAUAUCGAUAUAUCAGCUUUUACUAGCUUCAUUUAACCUUCUAACUGGAACAGCAGUGCAACUGAAUAAAAAACUGAAAGUAUGACUUUCUUUGGGUGGAUGCCUCCCACUGGGCACUUCCUGUUAAUACAUUCCCAGAUGUGUUUGGUCCAAAAACACCUACUGAGUCUUUGGUAAACAGUUCCAGUCAGCUCUUUGGGCUUCAAAAAAAGAAGAAUGACAUAGAUUACACAUUCUCUGCAUUUGUGAAGUUUGCAUAUUACAAAAUGUUGAUCACACAUGGACAUUUAUUCUGCUGUUGUUGAUUCUGUUUAACUGUACGUUGGCCAAAAUUUACAAAUGCAGUCACUGGAUUCCUUCCACAUCAUGUGUAAUGCUUCACAUGUCUCACAUUUCACUUCAUCCACUUUUCUUGGCUUUUUUAUUUUGUAACGUCCAUAUUUAAGCUCAACUCAAGACAUAACUGACUUUACAGUAAACAGAAUAUUGUAUUUAAGAGGCACAUGAAGCUUACCGACACUUGCCGUAUCAGAUCUUGGCAAUGCACAUGGAAAGUGGGAUUUAAGUGCACACUUUUGCAUUUACCUUAAUCUUUCUCUCCCAUUAUACUGAACAUAUAAGCUCAACUAGCUCUGACUGUAAGCUACCAUUAGACGACUGUUGAUGGGUCAACAGAUUAAAGGCACAUUGCUUUAACUUAUAUGAGUUGAACUUUCCAUUUGAUACCAGCUAAAGAUCAAACUUCUCCCUUCACCGACCCUUAAAGGGAGAUUUCUGAGAGGCUUAUUGUCAAGCUUUUGGGUACAUUCUGUUACACCUCAUGGAAUGUACCUAAUGGCCUCAGACAAGCUCUGAUUUACUGCACUGUUGAUCUUGAGGUGCCUAAACUACAUAAAUUAAAAACUAAACAUGUGAGCUUCAAUUUACAGAAAUAUUAUUUUCAUUUUUUGCACUUGAGUUUUUUUUUUCUUUUAUACAUUCAAAUGUCCUUUGCAUUUAUCAUGGCCUGGUCACUUUUAACAGAUUUCAGGUAACAUUGUAGAGCCUGCACAAAGGGUCUAGAUUGUCAGAUUUGAUUUCCAUUUCUAAUUUUGUGGGAUAGUUAAUACCUUGCAUUAACAUCUGUUUUGGGCAUUAGGAUACCAAGCAGACAGCACUUUAGUACACGUCUACUAUAAAUUAACAAGAUGUCUCCAGUAAUGAACUGUAAUUAGAUCUCAAAUACCUACCUGUUAUGCAAAGAACAGCCAAUACAAUAUUUCUAUUGUUGUUAGGUUUACCAUGGUUAGGUAUUCUCACAUGCUUUGUGCAGUAAAGUUACUGGUAAAUCAAAUGAAUGGGGGUUGAUUAGCCACAAGCUAAGAUGCUGGUAGUACUUAAUGUACUUCCUAUGACAGAAAGAUGGUUUUAAAGGAUUCUGUGACAAAUAAUAAGUAAAUAAACUUAGUGUGGUUCUGGUUGAUUGAAAGGACUCCUCAAUUCAGGGCAAGUGUCAUCCAAGUAGUGAUGAGUUGUUUGUGAACUAAUCAGUUCUGAGAGCCGGCACAUUAAAGUGAACAAUGGGAGUCAGCUCCCAUUUGGGAGACGGUUUUAUCUUUUCCUUUUUGUUGUUGUUUGGCUGUUUUGUAAACACAAAAAGUUAAAAUUGUACCAAAUGAAGAGAUGUUCAGGAACUGCAAGACUAGCGUCUAUUACUGAGCUGAGCUAAAUGGCUAAAGGGUCCAGAUCUCUAAAAAGUGCUGUAAUUCCCCUCAAUAAAGCUGCACUUACACUGUGUGAAUCUCAUCCUAUUCAGCCACGAUUUUGAGUCAUAUGACUCAUUCGGAAACCUCGCCGACUUUCAGUAGUAUCAUGCAGCCCGACCAGCUGCUCCUGACCGGUCGGAUCAAUUUCUGACAUGUUUGAUAUUUUGGUCCAGAUGUUUAUCACAGUUAGAGUCUACUUUAUCAAGCCAGGUCCAAAUACCAUCUUAGCCAUCAGAUAAGAUAUCAAUUUGUCUUUAUAUGCAUGAAGGUGGUUCUUACCUGACAGUAAAGAUUAGCACUUCAAUGCCCCAAAUGGUUGUUAAUCCAAGUCAAUGCACGAUAUAAAUGUUUUCCAAGCUCUACUGACCAAUUCAAUGUCAUCAGGCUUUGGUGUGAACUGUAGAAACCCUUCUGAGGACAGCAAAAAGCAGACAGAAUGUUAUUCACACUUUUGACACCAGCUCCCAGCAGUGGUAAUUUAAUGAUGAGUUAUUGGUAUCUAUGAACCGACUGAACUGCAGCUGAUAAUCCCUUAAAGAUCAAACAUUUUAUCUUGAGCCACAAAUGCGGAUCAGAUUUCCUGACUACCUGAAAGGCAUCUGAAAUUAUCAAUCUGACCUCCAUACAACAAGGAAGUAUUUCAUUUUUUCAUCUCUUAUCAAGGAGAGGCCUAUCAUAGCUUGCUUGCAUGUUGCAUCAAAGGUUGUUAUUUUGGAAAACUUGAUCUCUAUCAAUUGCAAGUAACUGAUAGAAAGAAAACUGGUAGAAAACUGAUUUCGUUUUCAAGGUUUGGUAAAGAAAUGAGAUUGAAGCUGCUGAAUAGCUUAGUAUACUGCAGUAGUAAUGAGUGGAUACAUAGAAGUAUACUGUUGAAGUGAACUGGGACUCCACAGAAUAGGUGCUACUUCAGGAUACCAAGGACCAAGAAAUUAGUGUUUACGCUGCACAUGUGACUGCCAUACAGAAAAGGAAGUCUUGUCUGAAAGUCAUUUAUAACUAACCUCUGGCUCCACCAGAAUUGUGAGCAGAAGUUGGCAUCAUACCCAGAAAAUUUUAUCAUAUUGUUGGCUUUAGGCCAAAACCUUGUACCUACAUUUUUCAUGAUUUAAUUGUUUUUUCAUAAAUCAGUGCUAUUGGUCACCCUUUAUAUUUGUCAGUGGGGUUUAACCAAUUUAAGCGAUAAAUUAAUUGAAAAAUACAGCACUUUUUUUCAUUCCCUUUAAAGUGGUGAUUUUGGAGAUAUGAGGUUUUGGACCAACACCAGUGAUAUAUCAGACAAUGGCUGCAGAAGGAUUCUAAAACUAACCACAGCUAAUUUAAUAUCUUCAUGGUUUGGUUUAGUUUUUAACCAACAGGAGAAAAAAAUCCAUUGAAGGAAAAACGACAACCUCAGCUGUAAGCUCACCUCACAUUUUAAACAUUCACUGAACUCAUUUGUGCUUAAAGAAUUGCCCCUAUAGGGAAUUGUAACAGCAGAGGGAACAUGGAAAGGGGUCAGCUGUACUUUCUCCUCUUGUGCUUUCUGCUUUGUAAACACUGGUUUUAGGACGGUUCAUGGUUUUAACACAUGAUAAUCCACAAUGUUAUUGUCUUCUGUUUUGUUGUUAAAAUAGAACUUUUGGGGGUAAAAAGUCAAAAAAGAAAAGGUAUUCCCUCCAAGUGAAGCAGGUGUAGAGGAGAACGAAGGGUUAAAAUAUUUCAGGAAUGGAGCAGAGAAAGAUUUCCUUGGAUAGAGAGGGGAAAAGUGGAGGUCAGAAGAGGGCAAUGGCAGGAGAGGAGAAUAGAUGGUGCAUUUGGGAGGAGUUGCUCUCAGCUGUAUCACUGAACCCUCUAUAGAGACAGUAUGAAGGACCAGUGAAUGGUUUCAUGGUGUUUUAAGAUCAGAGUCACCUGAUUUAAAUGCAGUAAGUCCUGUGUCCUUGUAAAAGUCUGAUUCUGUUCUUAAAGCUCAUGUCAGUGUAGUGAGAUCAUCAGCUUCAAUUCACAAAAGUCAACUGACAGACGUGAACUGAAGACCUCCACUUCAGCAGCCAUGUGAAAACCAAUAAUCUGAAUUAUAAUUAUCCUCCUAUAUUUAAAAGUGGUGUAUUUAUUUUUAGGAGCUCUCAGUGUUUAAAAAUAACCAGGAAGUAAUUCAGACACCAGUGAACUUGGUGGCCUUUCUGUAACCUUGGUGGCGUGUGAACGACUUCUCAGAGGAUGAAUGAAAGGGAGGAUCCGGACUGUACAGUUUCUCUAAAGGUACUUAAAGCAUCUUGUGAAGUCUGUAUGUGGAAUUCAUGUCAUUUUAACCCAGUUUUCAGCCAACUCAAACAUGUCAAAUGAUGUCAUAUUUAUUCCCAGUUUGUACAGCACACACUUUUACUCCAGUGUACUUUAUUUUCUUAGUUUGAGGAUUUUGAGACUAGCUGUUAGAUUCCUCGUGUUUUUUAAAUGUUGAUGUACAACUUAACUAAAAGAACAUUACAGAAGAAAGCGGGUUGUUUUGCAUGUGUUAAAAGAGUGAUAUUAUUCAGGGUGAAAUAGUGUAGAAGUAACUAAUCAUGAAAACAAACUCAAAGUCAGUUGUCUAGUUUAUCUGCAGCAGUUUUACUCUUGUUCUUGGUCUGGUCUGAUUUGAUAUGUUUUUUUAAGUUGAUGAAAUAAACGUGAUCUAAUGUC